UACCGGAAGACAGUUUGUGUUUGAUCGGAAGCAUUACAUUUUCAUGUCCGGGUCAGGUUGUGAUUGUUUGUUGUGUGGCGAAGUUUUUAUAUAUUUUAGUAUCGUGUUCGUGUUUUGGGGAACCCACAAACAUGACUGAGGACGUGCAGAAGCACUCGGUCCACACGCUGGUGUUUCGCUCUUUGAAAAGGACUCAUGAUAUGUUUGUGUCAGAUCAUGCUAAACCAGUAGCGCUGGACGAACACAGCUUCAAAAUGAAGAUGGCAGUGAAGAUGAAAACCGAGUACAGACCUGUGUUAGACAUGCCUGUGCUGAAAGAGGGCAGAGACAAAGGACCACUCCAUGCCUCUGAUCCAUAUGGCUUGCCGGAAUACCCCCUGCCUGAUACUAGUCCAGAUUACUUGGUGAUGGGAACUCAUCCAUACCCAUCUGCUCCAGGAGUGGCCCUCACUUCAGACACACAGAUGCAGAAGAUGCCCAGUGAAGCAGGUGUUCACUCCAUGGCUUUGGCUCUUCCUCCCUCUCAAGCUAGGCAGGAAGCCAGUCGAACUGCAGCCAGUGUGGCGGAUAUCCACAGACAUGCAGGAGGUGCAGAGAGAUCUCACCCCCCACAACACGCACUGUCUCUUAUGGAAGGAGGAACAAAGAGUUCUGGCCUGCUGCCAAGAAAGGCUCCUACCAUGCCCAAACCUCAGUGGCAUCCACCAUGGAAACUGUACAGAGUCAUCAGUGGCCAUCUGGGUUGGGUGAGAUCUAUAGCAGUGGAGCCUGGAAACCAGUGGUUUGUGACCGGAUCAGCAGACAGAACAAUUAAGAUCUGGGAUCUUGCCAGCGGUAGGCUGAAGUUGUCUCUGACGGGUCACAUUAGCACGGUGAGAGGUGUGGCCGUCAGCACACGCAGCCCUUACCUGUUCUCCUGCGGGGAGGACAAACAGGUUAAAUGCUGGGAUCUAGAGUAUAACAAGGUAAUAAGACACUAUCACGGUCAUCUGAGUGCGGUCUACGACCUUGACCUCCAUCCUACCAUUGACGUACUGGUGACCUGCAGUCGAGAUGCCACAGCAAGAGUUUGGGACAUCAGGACCAAGGCAAAUGUUCACACCCUUUCUGGACACACCAACACAGUGGCUACAGUCAAAUGUCAAAGCGCUGAGCCACAGGUGAUUACAGGAAGUCAUGACACCACCAUUAGACUCUGGGAUCUGAUCGCUGGCAAGACAAGAGCCACACUGACUAACCACAAAAAGUCUGUCAGAGCGUUGGUGCUCCAUCCCAGGCAGUACACCUUUGCCUCUGGCUCUCCAGAUAACAUUAAGCAGUGGAAGUUUCCUGAUGGGAACUUCAUCCAAAAUCUUUCAGGACACAAUGCCAUUAUCAACACACUGGCUGUCAAUUCAGAUGGUGUUCUGGUGUCCGGAGCUGAUAAUGGAACUAUUCACAUGUGGGAUUGGAGGACUGGCUACAACUUCCAGAGGAUUCAUGCAGCAGUGCAGCCCGGUUCUCUGGACAGCGAGUCAGGGAUUUUUGCAUGCGUGUUUGAUCAGUCGGAGAGUCGGCUUAUAACAGCGGAGGCUGACAAAACCAUUAAGGUCUACAAAGAGGAUGAAACAGCUACUGAAGAAUCCCACCCAGUUAAUUGGAAACCUGAGAUCCUGAAGAGAAAAAGAUUUUAGGGUUGUUGAUUUUUAUUUUAUUUUAUUUUUUCAAUAAUUUGUUACAUUUUAGCUGGCUGAUUUCUAUGGUAAUGUCUGCUUAAGGCAUAAACAAACAACAAUUUAAUUGAAGUCAGGUAACUUGACAUCAAAUGACACCUUUUGCUUUGCUCUACCUAUCUAAGUAACAAUAUGAAUAUUGCGCUUGUAUACAUGAGGAAAGGUUUCUUCCCUGUCUACUCCAAACACCAUUUGCAGGUCUAUGUGACAGUCUACCCAUCUGUUCAUUCUGAACUUCUAGAAAUCCUACAGAAUAAUGUUCUAUUUUGGAUCUGUGCACUGUUGCUGAUCUCAGAGACAAUACAAAUGUCAAUUUGCAUACGUACUUUUUUUUUUUUUUACACUGCAUACUUCUGGAAUUUUUUUUUUUAAAAAAAGGAAAAAACCUAUACCAUGUAUCUCUCAUGGCUGGAAAAAUGUUGUAUUUCCUGACAUAACAUUUUGUAAAAUAAAGAACCUUGGUUUAAAACCCA